CAAAAGGGACGAUAUCACAGACAUUGGGUUCAUUGACCCGCACACAAUGCAUGUUAAAACCAUAGAGAAUCCCCUCUAUAACAAGGAUACACCGCAGACUCUGCUAAGGUUUUUGAAGCGACAACGUGACAAAAAGCUAAUACUUUGGCCUUACAACUUCGAGUUUCACUUUAUUCUUCUCGUCAUCAAUUUGGAAAUUGGAGAAGUUGAAGUCUUGGACUCACUAAGCAAAAAAUCGGAUCUAUACGUGUCUUGUUUUUUAAUGCUCAGAAGCGUAUGGCAAACUUUCAUCAAGGAAGAUACGUCCCGUGAAUGGACACCGAAGCUGCGAUGGCGUGCGAAAAAAUGCCCGCAACAACCUCCGGGGACCGAUCUCUGUGGAUUCUUCGUUUGCGAGUGCAUCCGCAGAAUUGUCAGCGAGAGAACGAAUAAUGAAAGAAAUAAAGAGUUGGCAAGAAAGCGGAACAAGCUCUCAAUCGAUGACCGCUUCAUAGCAAUAGGCGAGGAAUUGGCGGGAUUUUUCCUUCGGGACGUCAUACCACCACUCGCAGAGUACCACUAUGAAUGAAGAUGUACAUGUUACAUAUAUAGUUGACUCGAAGAGUACCACUAUGCUACAUGUAAUAGACAUAUAUAGAGUACGCCUCGGAGAGUACCACUAUGCAUGAAGAUCGAUCUUCAUGCAUAGUGCUACUUAAUUUGCGAUCUUAUGCAAUAACAUGUGUGUUAUAUUAUAUGCACCAACUUGCUAUGCAUCAUCUUGAUCUUCAUGUACUACCUAAACCCAAACGCAUUUCUGGUGCAUCGACGCGAUAUGAAACAAACCGAUAUCCCUAAACCCCUCCAAAAACCCUAAAAAACCAAUUCUCUGCCGCGGCAGAGAUUUGGGCAAAUUCCCUGCCGCGGGUGGGAACCUUUGGUACCGGUUCGUAUUACCAACCGGUACCAAAGCUCCUUGGCCCUGAGCUCUCCUGGUGGCCCACGUG